AUGGGGUUUGGCAAUAGAUGGGUGAAGUGGAUGGAGUUAUUGGUCUUUAAAAGUAGCAUGUCGGUUCUUGUUAAUGGGAGCCCUACUAAAGAAUUUGAAGUGUUUCGUGGCUUGAGACAAGGUGAUCCGCUAUCUCCUUUCCUUUACGUGAUAGCGGCGGAGGGAUUAUCGGGUUUGGUGAGACGCUCUAUGGCUUUGGGUGAAUUUGCUAGUUUUAAAAUUAGAGGGGAUUGCUCGGUUGACAUUUUACAAUUUGCGGAUGACACUCUUUUGGUGGGGGAAGGGUCUUGGAAGCAUGUUUGGGCUAUCAAAGCGAUUCUUAGGGCGUUCGAAAUUGUGUCGGGCCUUGGAAUUAAUUUUCAUAAGAGCAAAUUGAUAGGCAUUAACAACAACGAUUCUUUCUUAGAGGCGGCGACCGCCUUCCUCUCUUGUAAAAUUGAAGCUAGAAGCGACGUGGGAAGUUCUAUUGGGCAAAAUGAAGAGGAGAUUGGGAAGUUGGAAAAACCGAUGCCGUUGAAGGUGGUGAAAGACUUUACUAGGAUUCAAAGCAAUUUCUUGUGGGGAGGAGUGGAGGAUAGAAGGAAAAUUCAUUGGGUUAGUUGGAACAAGGUGAAUUUGCCGUUCGAAAAAGGAGGUUUAUGGGUGAAGAACAUUAAGUUGUUUAAUCUUGCUCUCCUUUCUAAAUGGAGAUGGAGAAUUCUUCAAGGUGGAAAUUCGCUUUGGCUUGAUGUUUUGAAGGCUCGGUAUGGGGAUAUAGUGUCUCAAAUUUGUAAGGGAGGGAAAAUUGGUAGAAGUGGUGUUUUGUAUUCUAAUUGGUGGAAGGAUAUCGUUAAUUUAGGUUUUGACCAUUAUAGGGAUCCUAUUGUUAAUUGUUGCCAUUUUGAAAUCCAAAAUGGGUUUUCGACUCCUUUUUGGGAGGUGGCGUGA